CCGGCGCCCCGCGGCGCGGCUCCCUCCAAUCGCGGGCCCGGGGCGGGGCCCAGCGGUGACAUUGAGCGGCGCCCAGCGGGCCGAGGCAGCGCCAUGUGGGGCCGCGCCGAUAGGGCUGUUAAACUGCUGGGAAGAAAUAUUCCCUCGGUUCUGAGGAUGACCGAGGGAGUGGACCCGAAGAUAAGCAGAAGGCUGUGCGUUAAACCCCAGCAAGACCUUCAGACAAAGAGUCGAUCUGCUUCAGGAGUGCCUGGAUACAGACCUACACCCUGGGAGAGAAGGUUUUUGUUGUGGGCAGGCCAUUACAAAAAGCCAGAGGAUAUUCCAGACACUGUCUCGCUUGAGGCAGUGAGAGCAGCACAGUCCACCCUGCGUGUGAGGUUCAGCUAUGUCAUGAUUGCCUUGACAAUAGUGGGAUGCAUCACCAUGGUGAUCAGUGGGAAGCAGGCUGUGAAAAGACAAGAAACUCUUUUAAACAUAAACCUGGAGAAGAAAGCCAAGUUGAGAGAAGAAGGUGCAUCUGCUAAACCAUAGAGGAGGAAAUGAGGAGAUCAAGGACUGGGGUAGAAAAGCCAAGUCCCUUUCAGCACUGAUGGGAGGAUACCAUCACAUCUGUCCUGUAUGUUAGUUCUGUACACCCAUGUCCAAGAAAGAAUGAAUAUGCUCUCCUGUAGUCAAUAAAACCAGAAAUGCCUA